AAAUAUUAAUGGCACGUCAGGAAUGAAGACGUUCUUGGAGGAAUAACGCGGAGGAAUACGCGCCGGGUUCAUGUGAUGUCCCUAUACAGUUUUACUUUUACGCGUCACGGGUCUUGUUUUUUUCUGCCUUCACUGACUGUUUGCAGCAGCAGCGGCGGGAACGGAGGAGCUGAAAACCGACAGAACUCCACAAGCAGCAUCUGAUCUGUUCCUCUGACCACCGCCUGGACCGACUGACAGGAUUUGUCUACACUAGAAUAUGCAAUAGAGGAGCCAGCUGCGUCAUCAAAUUCAUCAUCACUGUCAACAUAUACAGUUGAUUCUCCCUGACAUGGCCUCCUCCCCCGGGCUGGAUGCUGACCCGUUACCACUGCUUCAGCUCCAGGAGGUGGACUCCAGCAAAGCCUCUCAGAGGCCGAGCUCCCCGGGACUCCUCCCCGCCGUGUACAGCCCUCCUCUGGGCAUGGACAGCCACACCGUCUGUAUCCCCUCUCCGUACACGGACAGUAGCCACGAGUACAACCACAGCCAUGGACCUCUGACCUUCUACAGCCCAUCUGUGCUGAGCUAUGCCAGGCCGCCUAUCACUGACAGCCCGUCAUCUCUGUGCCCCCCCCUUAGCCCAUCAGCCUUCUGGCCCUCCCACAGCCACCCCAACAUGCCCUCGCUGACUCUGCGCUGCCCUCAGCCUCUUGUCUACAAUGAACCCAGCCCACAUGCACACUGGCCGGAGCCCAAAGCCCACAGCAUCAACCCCAGCAGCUCCAUCCUCGGUUGUAACAAGCCGCUGGGGAAGAGAUUAGAGGAAGGAGUGGAAGGCGUGAACUCCUCCUUGUGUUCUUCUGCGGUGGGGAAAGCCGACAUGCACUUCUGCGCUGUGUGCCACGACUACGCGUCCGGGUACCACUACGGUGUGUGGUCUUGCGAGGGCUGCAAGGCUUUCUUCAAGAGGAGUAUCCAGGGACACAAUGACUACAUCUGCCCCGCCACAAAUCAGUGCACUAUCGACAAGAACCGCCGUAAAAGCUGCCAGGCCUGCCGCUUACGUAAAUGCUACGAAGUGGGCAUGAUGAAGUGCGGUGUAAGGCGUGAACGCUGCAGCUAUCGAGGAGCCCGACACCGCCGUGGUGGACUCCAGCCUCGGGAUCCCACAGGCAGGGGUUUGGUCCGGAUGGGGCUUGGUUCUCGUGCCCAGCGGCAUCUCCACCUUGAGGCUCCCCUUGCCCCGCUCACCUCCCUCCCUCAGGCGAACCAUGUCCACCCCUCGGCCAUGAGCCCAGAAGAGUUCAUCUCCCGCAUCAUGGAGGCGGAGCCCCCUGAGAUCUACCUCAUGGAGGACAUGAAGAAGCCCUUCACCGAGGCCAGCAUGAUGAUGUCCCUCACCAACCUGGCAGACAAGGAACUGGUCCUCAUGAUCAGCUGGGCUAAAAAGAUCCCUGGCUUUGUGGACCUGAGUCUAGCCGACCAGAUCCACCUGCUGAAGUGCUGCUGGCUAGAGAUCCUGAUGUUGGGCCUGAUGUGGAGGUCGGUGGAUUAUCCUGGAAAACUCAUCUUCUCUCCAGACUUCAAACUCAACAGGGAGGAGGGACAGUGUGUUGAGGGCUUCAUGGAGAUUUUCGACAUGCUGCUUGCAGCCACCUCCCGGUUUCGUGAGCUGAAGCUUCAGAGGGAGGAGUACGUCUGUCUGAAGGCCAUGAUCCUCCUCAACUCCAAUCUGUGUACGAGCUCCCCUCAGACAGCUGAAGAGCUGGAGAGCAGGAACAAGCUGCUGCGUCUGCUGGACUCUGUGAUUGAUGCUCUGGUCUGGGCCAUUUCCAAACUUGGCUUGUCGACCCAGCAGCAGACUCUGCGCCUCGGACACCUCACCAUGCUGCUGUCCCACAUCCGCCACGUCAGUAACAAAGGCAUGGAUCAUCUGUCCACCAUGAAGAGGAAGAAUGUGGUGCUAGUGUACGACCUCCUCCUGGAGAUGCUGGACGCCAACACAUCCAGCAGCGGCAGUCAACCAUCGUCCUCGCCGAGCUCUGACACUUACUCCGACCAGCACCAGUACCCCCAGCCUCCGUCUCACCUACAGCCGGACUCAGACCAGACCGGCGCUGACCACACCACUGUGCCUCCACAUGAACCUGCUGAAGCCCCGAUCCUCGACGGACACCUGCAGACUCUGGCCCUCCAUUCAUCACCUCCAUUCCAGAGUUUAGUUGUGGCUCACAUUGACAGCAAUGAUUACAUCCACCAGGAGCAGUGGUCACUGGACACAGCAGAUGCAGGUCCACCAGUGGAAGCAACAGACUACAUCGUCUCUGAUCGAGUUGUUAUGGAAACUGCCUUACUGGGGUGACAGGACUGAAGGGACAAACUGAGACUCAGCCUUAAUGGCUUUCCAACCCCCAGAGAUUGAGAAAAGAAAAAAAGAAAAGUAUAAAAAAACAGAACGUGCUGUUGUGAGUAACGUUUUUCUUUCUUUCUCUUGUUGAGAUGUUUUUAGUCUUUUGGGGGGAAAAAAAAGUUGUUUUCGAUUGAAUGUAUAUUUUGUGUACGUAAAUAUUUCUCGUGAAUGUGCACUACAUUAGGUGUUCGUGAGAACACCGCUGAACCUCUGCCAGUCAGUUUGAGCUCUUUUUUGAUAUACAGUAUUUGUAUCUCUUUUUCACUUCGGUGUAACAUCCAGAACAAGCCAGCCGUCCACAAACCAUCUGCAGUGACUUACAGAAACGUGCAUGUGGUCAACACCGUAAGCAUCCGUCUAUAAGCGUUGUUAGUCAUAUAACUUUUAAAAAUCUUUCUGUCACACUGGUGUUUUCCUCCUUCACUACUGUGUACUUUGGUGUUUUAAUCUGUGCCUGUUCAUCCAGGAUUUUUCUACUCUUUGUACAAACUAAGUGUCAGUGAAGUCAAGAAGCAGCGGUUUGUGGCCUUUAAAAAAAUGACUGUUAACAGAAGCUUUCUUCUCUGUUCAUCUGGUUAAACAAAGGCUGGAUUUGCAUGUGGCCCAGAUAUGUUCUUAGUCAACAUUCGCGCGAGCAAAACUGAGUCAAAUUCAACUUGGUACACUUUAGUAGGUGACAGGAUAGCUCUCAAACUGACAGCCUAAGAUCAUAAAUGGUAAAGUUAUUGUGUGUGUAUAACUUGCUAACUGUACUGUAUUCAUAACAUGCUAAACAUUACUUGCUAAAUGUUCUGACCUAACUUCAUUAUGUAAGCCAUAUGUUAACAAGCUAACAUGCCAAACCACAUGCUAAAACAUUAGCAUGUUUUACAGAAUUAAAUUACUUGGCACCAGCAAAAAAAAAAGCAGACACAUUUAACCUAAUGCUUAUUUACUGUAUGUAUACAGUAUACUUCAUGUAUACGGUUAAAGUUAAAAGCUAAUAAAUUAAGUCCUGUCAGCCUCAUCUGUACUUUUUAACAGUAAUUGUAACAUGCUAGCAUAUAAUGAUUUUACCAUGUUAGCAAUGUUACUGUUACCAUGUUUCUGAAUUAAAUUACCCGAAAAACAGGGGGGGGGGGGACGCAAGUCAUGCAGGUCCAUCUCAAGAAAUUUUAAUAUUGAGGAAAAGUUGAUAUGCUGCAGCGGAUUGAUGCAGGAAUUCAAAAAUGCAAAAGGAGCCCUGACCAAGUAUUCAGUGCUUAACGUAACUUUUUGUUGUCAUUUCUGCUUUAUAUAUUCUGUAUUAUAAAAUUCUAAUAUUUUGAUGUUUUAUUUCCAUGAGCUGUAAGCUGUAAUAAUCAAGAAAACAAAACAACUUCAAGUUCUUCAUUUUAUGUGUAAUGAAUCUAGAAUAUAUUAAAGUUUCACUUAAUUAAAUUACUGACAAAAAUGAACUCUCCCACCAUAUUCUGAGAUUGAGAUGCACCUGUACGUGUGCAUUAGGCCUAUGUUCCUUGAAGCCUACCUGGUCUAGCUAAACUCGGUUAAAUUACUUGGCACUGGCAAAAGAGGAAAAAAAACAGUCCUGUUUAACUUGCUGCACAUUAAAAUAUACAUUAAUGUAUACUGAAGUUCAUAACAUGAUACCUGUAAUACUGGAUUCUUGUUAGCUGUACCAACAUGCUAAAUGUUACCAUGUUGAUAUGCUAACAUCAGCGUAGCUUAACCAACUACACUACCAAAUUUUAUAAUUAAAUGUUAGCUUCAAACUGUUUAAAUGCAAGUUUAUUUUUCUGUAAAGACAUUUUUUAAACACUGGCCAGAUUAACUUAAUACACACAUUGUGAUAGGGAUUUUAUCAGAUUUUAAAAUUUGCAACAAUUUUAAUGGUAUUGUAUACAAUCAAAUUUUUACUAUUAAACAAGUAAACACUAAAUGCUUACUCAUUAUACUGUAUUAUAGUAUAAUAGAU